AUGAGGAAGGUAUGGGUCCGCUAUGAUAGGGCAUUGAAUGCUGAUGAGCUCCCCGCCAAUGUGUCGACCAACCCUGCGCAUUGGGUCAACAGAAGGUAUCCUGACGGUUUAUUCUUCACUGACCAAGGGGAGUGGAUCAUCUCUGAUGUAAGAGAUAGGUUCUUCAACCACGACCAGCCACCUACCCACACACCAGUCACCACAGGACUUACUUCCACCACAGCCUACACUUCACCUGGAUACCAAACUGUGCCCAUGGAGGAGCCAUCCAAGCAAGUUCCCACUCUUGGACUCAACCAAGUAAACAGUGAUAUUGUAAGACCCAGAUCCAAACCAUCCCUCUUCUCCAACCUAGAAGGCACAUCUCACAUGGACAAGGUAACUCAAGGCAGGAUUCCAGACAGAUUUGGUGAUCCUGGAGACCCUGGUGGCUCAGGAUACCAUGGUGGUGAUGACAGCUACAGAGGCUUUCGCAGAAAGGGCAGGCAUGGCGGUCCCCCAGGAGGAGGACCCCCUGGAGACCCUUGGGAUCCCGAUGGUGGUGGUGACCCUCCAGCUGGCCCUGGAGGAGGUGGAGGGGGAGACGGCCCCAGACGCAAGUUGUUCCAUGCCAAGCCGGAUUCCAAUGCGUACCCCACCCUCAAGUCCAACAAGGACUUCGACCAAUGGUACAGCGUGUUUAUCACAACGGCUAGGGCACAGGGAUUCUAUGCCCUCUUCGACUCCAAUAUGUGCCAUUGGACCAGGAGUCUGCUUUUGAGCUCCGAUGCUCACACCUCUGUGGAAGGUACACUGGAGUCCGUGGAGACACUCAACUGGCUCACCAGGGUCAAGUACUCCACAACCAAGGGCUCUGCAGUGGAGUUCAUCAUCAACUACGAUGAGGUUCUCGCACGAUACAACGACUCCAAGACCAACGAGCAGGAUAAACUCAGUGAUAGUAUCCAAAAACUGUUCCUACAACAGGCAUUCAUCGACAUCAAGGUUCUCAAUAACGUCAGCGCCAGAGAGCAGGAAAACAUGUGCAGCAAUGGUGCACACAUGUCUUACUCGUAUGAGAAAUACAAGGAGGUACUGACCAACGCUGCUACCAGGUUUGAUGUCAACCACAAGCUUCUAGUACCCACCGGCAGAUCCCGCAGGGCCAACAUGGCUGUGAUCGACGAGUCUGAAGACGACGCCGGGCAACCUGAUGGCAUGGAUACGAUGGAUGACCUCACUCAUCUCCAAGCCUUUGCGGCCAUGAGGGACCCCUCUGUCUGA